AGUAGUCGACCUGACCCAGUGGUGAAGUGUGGUGCCAGCCGGCUCUCACGAGAGCUCCGUUCAGUGCAGUGAGGCGCGGGUCACAGCCGUCUGACGGAGCCGCCAGCGAACUGACUGAACACGAACGCUAAAUCUGUUGCGCCAAGGAUAAAAAACAGGCAGAGCGAUUACCGUCAUGCGCCUGGUGCCGAGAGUGAGGACGCUGCUGCUGGCAAUUCUGGUACUCCUUUUAUCGGCUACCACAGCUGAUGUUAGUGAUUUUCAACUGGAGUCGUUAGAGGAGGCGCUGCGCCUGAGCAGGGAGGAGAGACUGGACGAAACCACACAGGAGACACAUCACCGAGACAAGAGACAACUGUUUGGAGGGAACCGGCGGAGGAACAGAAAUCAGAACCUCUACCCAGGCAGAAAUGGUCCGAGCAUCAUCUACCAGGGCCUGUACAUCCCGGACGCUCGUUUCAACACGUUCGCUGACGGCAUCAUCACCAACAUGGUGGCCGAGCUGCGCGCCGACAACCUGGACCCCGUCUACUUCCGCGUCAACGGCCGAGGAUCAGUCACAGCCCAUGAGAACGUGCACGGCCGGGACAACUCCAAUAACGGGGUGGGUAUCACGGCGGUGACGGACCCGCUGGCCCGUCUGAUGGGCACAGAGAGUGACGGAGUGGUGGCCAGAGGUCGGCGGGACGCGUCUACGGGCCGCCACAGGAGCAAACGACAGCUGGCGCCGACGCGUGCCUACUCCACCGCUCUACUGGAGGGCCUGACCAACAUCAACAGGAGGGGAGACGUCGAGGUCCAGGUGGCUUCCAACAUCACAUUGGUACGCGGUCGGUGGCUUCUGGGACCGCUGAUAUACCGUGUCAACUUCUACGAGAGCCGGUUCGCGGUCCGAUCGCUGGCCACGGAGAUUCCUCCGAUUCAGAUGGACACCGUCACACAAAUCUCCUACAUCGGGGCAGACAUGGCCGACUUCGUCCUCGGAUGUCCCCUGAUGGCCUCGCUGCGUUACCGUGGAAACGUUACCACCUCUGACACGGACCGGGCAAACACAGCGCUACAUAACCUGUUCCAGUUCGACUCGUUCCUGUAUGACGCGGCCCGGGACAAGUUCAAGUCGUCAAGUCACGCUCGCCUGCCUCUGUACAGCACCACUCGCUCCGACGACGGCCACAACCGGAACAAUAACGGAGCGCUGGGCCUGUUGGGACGGAGGCGCCGCGCAGCGGACGAAAGCGAAACUACAUACUAGAUGGCGCUCUGGUCGAGGGCUGGAGACUUGUGAGGUGUUCUGUGGGGCUAUGAUAAUCGCGAUGCCGUAGAAAACGGGAUGCUUAUAAAGGAAAUGGUGAAAUAACUUCAUUGGAAGACAUUUAGCAUGCUGACAAAGCAAAAAUUUUGACGGCAUUUGCUAAAAAAUGGGCGUUAUUUUAUACGAACUGUUUUUGCUUACCCGAUCGAGGUGAAUGCUCUUUUAGUUAUACAUAUACCUAAUCGUGAUGAUUUUACUAAAGUACCUGAUAGUUUUGUUUUAAACGUUGCAAAUUAGGUCUUCAAUGUUGAUCAAUUUUUAGGCACUGGCAUGAGCUUGAUAACCGUCCCUCUACUCGAUGCUAUGUGUCACAUUAAUCUUAUUGGCUGGGUACGUGAUUUAUUCAGUCGCCGAAUUAUCGUUUUUUUGUGACUGUUUAUUUGUAUGAGUGUGUAAUUUUGCCUAUGCCGGGCAACUGUCGCAAGAUAAAUACUUAAAUUCGUCAUUGCAGGUAUGGUGUAUAAAAAAGAACUUCGGCAAAUUCAUUACUUUAAAGUCACUUUCAGGUCAUAAGUGAUAGAUAAAGCUGUUUUCCAUGCUUAUAAUGCAGUAGUUAUAGGUGCAGUAUUUCGUUUUGCAUUUGUACUACAACAAGAAGUUCGCUUGCAUGGUUGUAUAAACAUGGUGCAUGUGUUGAAGCAUACCUAGAUAGCAUGAUUCAUGUUACCUAUAUGGUUGUAUGUAUACCUACAUUUAUUUUCACUUACGUGUGCAGCACGCAAACAUAAGUUUGUGUAAUAUAUACAUAUGUUAUUGU